AUGUGGCAAAGAGAAACAGAGAUAAAGGGUGCCGCUAAUCUAACUGAUGUAACGACUACCAUAGCAAAUACCAAAGAGCACUUUACCAUAGAAUACGAAGAAACAACUUCAAGUGAUUCAUCAACUAACUAUAAUACUGAGGAAGUGUCGAACAAAGCAAACACUUCUCCCUCAACAACUAAUAAAAUAAGUGUACCAGAAACAACAUUUUCAAAAAAUGAAGUAACAACGUUACCAUCCACAACGGCAGAUGAUUUGACAACUGUAGAUGAGUUGAAAACAGUAGAACAGGUAUCCUCAAAAGAUAUCACAACCGAUAAAGAAACAAGUGAUAGUGAACUAACUACAUUGGUUGAUGUAACACCCAAACCAUCAACAACGGUAAAUGAUUUGACAAAAGUAGAAGAGGUAACACCAAUAGAAAUCUCAACCAAUAAAGUAUCAAGUGAAGUUCAGCUAACAACACUAAUUCAUGUAACAACAAUACCAUUGACAACAGUUGGUGAUUUGACAACAGUAGAGGAGGUAACCUCAAUAGAUAUCACAGCUGUGGAAGCAACAAAUGAAAUUGAGAUAACCACAUUACUUGAUACAACAAGGAUACAAGCAACAACGGCAGAUGAUUCGACAACAGUAGAGGAGGUAACAUUCAUUGCUAUCACAACAGACGAAAUAACAAGUGACACUGACCUAACUACACAAUUUGACUUAACGACGAUACCGUCGACAAAAGUAGUUGAUUUGACAACAGUAGACGAUUUAGCAUCAGUAGCUAUCACAACCGAUGAAGUAAUAAAUGAGCCUGAGCAAACUACAUUUGUUGAUGCAAAAGCCACACUAUUGACAACGGUUGAUGAUUUGACAACAAUAGGAAAGACAGCGGUUCGUGAUUUGACAACAGUAGAUAAGGUAACCUCAACAGACAUGACAGCUGAUGAAGUAACAAAAGAUGAGGUAACCUCAAUAGAUAUUACAGCUGAUGAAGUAACAAGUGAAGCUGAGCGAACUACAUUUGUUGAUGUAACGACGAUACCGUCGACAAGAGUAGAUGAUUUGACAAUAUUAGAAGAGGUAACAUCCAUUGGUAUCACAACCGCUGAAGUAACGACUGAUGAAGUAACAAGUGAAGCUGAGCGAACUACAUUUUUUGAUGUAACAACCAUACCGUCGACAAGAGUAGAUGAUUUGACAAUAUUAGAAGAGGUAACAUCCAUUGGUAUCAACACCGCUGAAGUAACGAUUGAUGAAGUAACAAGUGAAGCUGAGCGAACUACAUUUUUUGAUGUAACAACCAUACCGUCAACAAGAGUAGAUGAUUUGACAAUAUUAGAAGACGUAACAACCAUUGGUAUCACCACCGCUGAAGUAACAAAUAUUACAGCUGAUGAAGUAACAAGUGAAGCUGAGCGAACUACAUUUUUUGAUGUAACAACCAUACCGUCGAUAAGAGUAGAUGAUUUGACUAUAUUAGAAGAGGUAACAUCCAUUGGUAUCACAACCGCUGAAGUUGAUGAUUUGACAACAGUAGAGGAGGUAACCUCAAUAGAUAUCACAGCUGAUAAAGUAACAAGUGAAGCUGAGCGAACAACAUUUUAUGAAGUAACAACCAUACCGUCGACAAGAGUAGAUAAUUUGACAACAUUAGACGAGGUAACAUCCAUUGGUAUCACAACCGCUGAAGUUGGUGAUUUAACAGCAGUAGAUGAGGUAACCUCAAUAGAUAUCACGGCUAAUGAAGUAACAAGUGAAGCUGUGCGAACUACAUGUUUUAAUGUAACAACAAUACCAUCGACAACGGUUGUAAAGGAGGUAAACUCAAUAGAUAUCACAGCUGAUAAAGUAACAAGUGAAGCUGAGCGAACAACAUUUUUUGAAGUAACAACCAUACCGUCGACAAGAGUAGAUAAUUUGACAACAUUAGAGGAGGUAACAUCCACUGGUAUCACAACCGCUGAAGUAACGAAUGAUGCUGAUCAAACUACCUUGCUUGAUGCAUCAGCGAUACCAUGGACGACAGUAGAUGAUUUGAAAACGACAGCGGUUCGUGAUUUGACAGUAGAUAAGGUAACCUCAACAGACAUGACAGCUGAUGAAGUAACAAUAGACGAUUUAGCAUCAGUAGCUAUCACAACCGAUGAAGUAACAAGUGAGGAUGAGCAAACUACAUUUUUGGAUGCAAAGGCCAAACCAUUGACAACGGUUGAUGACUUGACAACAAUAGGAAAGGUUGAUGAUUUUACAACAGUAAAGGAGGUAACCUCAAUAGAUAUCACAGCUGAUAAAGUAACAAGUGAAGCUGAGCGAACAACAUUUUUUGAAGUAACAACAAUACCGUCGACAAGAGUAGAUAAUUUGACAACAUUAGAUGAGUUAACAUCCAUUGGUAUCACAACCGCUGAAGUAACGAUACACGAUUUAACAUCAGUAGCUAUCACAACCGAUGAAGUAACAAGUGAGGAUGAGCAAACUACAUUUUUUGAUGCAAAGGCAAAACCAUUGACAACGGUUGAUGACUUGACAACAAUAGAAAAGGUAACAUCUAUAGAUAUCACAACCGCUAAAGUAACGACGGUUCGUGAUUUGACAACAGGAGAUGAGGUAACCUCAAUAUAUAUCACAGCUGAUGAAGUAACAAGUGAGGCUGAGCGAACUACAUUUGUUAAUGACACAAUCAUACCGUGGACAAGAGUAGAUGAUUUGAAAACAUUAGAGGAGGUAACAUCCAUUGCUAUCACAAGCGCUGAAGUAACGAGUGAUGCUGGUCAAACUACCUUGAUUGAUGCAUCAACGAUAACAUCGACGACAGUAGAUGAUUUGACAACAGUAGAGGAGCUAACAUCGAUAUAUAUCACAACUAAUGAGUUAACGAGUGAAGUUGAUCUAACAACAUUAAUUGAUAUAACAACAAUACAAUCGACAGCGGUUGGUGAUUUGACAACAGUAGAGGAGGUAACCUCAAUAGAUACCACAGCUGAUGAAGAGGUAACAUCCAAUGCUAUCACAACCAUUGAAAUAACAAGCGAUACUGACCUAACUACACCAUUUGAUUUAACGACGAUACCGUCGACAACAAUUGAUUUUUCUAAAACAGUAGACGAUUUAACAUCAAUAGCUAUCACAACCGAUGAAGUAACAAGUGAGAAUGAGCAAACUACAUUUGUUGAGGCAAAAACCAUACCAUCGACAACGGUUGAUGAUUUGACAACAAUAGGAAAGUUAACAUCUAUAGAUAUCACAACCGCUAAAGUAACGAGUGAUGCUGAUCAAAUUACCUUGAUUGAUGCAUCAACCAUACCAUCGACGACAGUAGAUGAUUUGACAACGUUCGAGGAGCUUACCACAAUAGAUAUCACAACUAAUGAGUUAACGAGUGAAGUUGAGCUAACUACACUAAUUAAUAUAACAAAAAUACCAUCGACAACAGUAGAUGAUUAUACAACAGUAGACGAUUUAACAUCAAUACCUAUCACAACCGAUGAAGUAACAAGUGAAGCUGAGCGAAUUACAUUUGUUUAUGCAACAACCAUACCGUUGACAACAGUAGAUGAUUUGACAACAAUUGAAAAGGUAACAUCUAUAGAUAUCACAACCGCUAAAGUAACGAUUGAUGCUGAUCAAAAAACCUUGAUUGAUGCAUCAACGAUACCAUCGACGUCAGUAGAUGAUUUGACAACGUUAGAGGAGCUGACAUCUAUAGAUAUAACAACUAAUGAGUUAACGAGUUUUACUGAUAGAAUAAAGAGGUGA